AUGAACAAAGUUCAUUAUCAUAUGAUAAGAGAACAGAGAAACGACAUCGCUGUGUAUAUAUGCGCUACUUAUGCUAUGGUUUGCGGAGUAACUGAUAGGCAAUAUAAAUACUUGGAUAUUUAUCGAAAAUCCCAGACGUUAGGGGCCAGCUUAAGGAAAAAAUUUAAUAUUAAAGAUGGUGACCUCAUUACGAUUAUGAUGCAUAAUAUACCAGAAUAUCCCAUCGUGACUUUAGGUAUAUUGAAUGCUGGAGCAAUAGUGACUACUUUAAAUCCAGUUUAUACUGCUUAUGAAGUACAAAAACAACUGGCGACAUGUAAAAUUAAAUUAAUAGUGACUUCAGCAGAGAAUGUAUCAACUAUAAAACAAGCAUUACAUUUAAAUAAAACGAGUACUCCCAUAAUUGUUGUCGAUGUCAAUAGUCAACGUCCCGAUGGAACUAUAUCGUUUAAAGAAAUAAUAAACGAUACUAUUGACACAAGUAUUUUAAAAGAAGUCAAAACAAAACCUAGUGAUGUAUCAUUACUACUGUAUUCGAGUGGAACAACAGGACUACCGAAAGGUGUUGAAUUAACACAUAGAAAUAAAAUUGCUAAUUGUGUUCAACAAGAUUGCGAAGAAAUCCGACAUUAUGACCUAACCACAGAAUCAAAUCAAGACACCAUUUUGUUAUAUCUUCCUAUGUUCCACGCUUACGGAAUGUCUGUAAAAAUGUUACACAAACUUUCGGUUGGUUUAAAGUUGAUCACUCUACCCAAAUUUAAACCUGACACAUUCAUAACUGUUUUGGAAAAACAUAAGAUCAACCUAACGUAUCUUGUUCCUCCUACAGUCUUAUUUUUGGGAUCAGAUCCUGAAGUGAAAAGGAAACAUUUUAAGUAUCUAAAAUAUAUAGGAACCGGUGGAGCUCCAUCUCCACGGGCAGAUAUAGAGAAAUUAUUAGAUAAAGUUGGUCACGAAGUACGGUUCAGUCAAGUUUAUGGCUUAACAGAAGUUUCUCCUUUGGCAACGAUGUGUCCUGUUGAUUUCAAAAAGUAUAGUUCUGUUGGUUUUGCAUUACCUAACGUCCAAUUGAGGAUUAUUGAUGAGAACGCAAAAAACCUAGGACCGAAUGAGUUAGGAGAGUUGCUCAUCAAAGGACCGAACGUAAUGAAAGGUUAUAGGAAUGAUCCUGAAGCAAACAAACGAGUUUUUCUGGAAGAUGGCUGGCUCCGAACUGGUGAUCAAGCACAAUUCGAAAAGGACGGAUCUCUUAUUAUUGCGGAUAGAUAUAAAGAACUAAUAAAGGUAAACGCUUAUCAAGUAGCACCAGCAGAGUUAGAAAGCGUAAUAAAGGAUCAUCCUGAUGUCUUCGAUGUAGCUGUAGUCGGUGUACCUGACAGUAAAACAGGAGAGAAACCUAAAGCUUUUGUUGUUCUUAAUAAAAAUAGUCCAGCAAUUGAAGCGGAUAUCAUAGAGUUUGCUAAUAAGAAGGUCGCACCAUAUAAACAUAUUAAGGAAAUCCAAUUCAUUGAGAGUAUUCCAAAAAAUCCAUCUGGAAAAAUUUUAAGGAGACUUCUCUUAGAGAAACAUAUUAAAGAGAAUUAA